AACACAUUAACACAACGUCGACCGACGACCACUUAGUUUUUGUCAAGCGUGUGUGUCGUUCUGUUGUGUGUUUGUUUUCCGCGCCGUGGAUACAUACAGUAUACACAAAAUAAUAUAGUAAAACACUACUGGAGUGUAUCACAGUGUUUUUUUUUAAAAAUAUUUAUGUAUAGGUACGUAUUCUAUAAUUUUUCUGGCUUAAACGUCUGUCCGUUCAGAGGAUUUUCCGCGAUGUGAGCUAUUUUGAUCACCGAUCGACACGACGACGACGGUCCACGGUCAUCUAUCCGUUCCCGGUUACGAAAACAAUCGAAACAAACUCUUCAGUCUCCUUCCCUUUGCUAUAAUCCGUUGAACUUCCGUGAUGGAAGACGAACUACACUGCAUCGUCUGCAAGCAGCUCUUCAACAACCCGGUGCUGUUACCGUGCUACCAUGCGUUGUGCCUGAACUGUGCGGUACAUGCUCAGCGACCACUGGAGCCGUCUGCUCCACAGGAGAACAGCGGUAAUUCGACUACUAGCGGUAGCAGCACGACCGAGUCACAUGCAUCUGACUGUCAUCCAGAGUCGGACAAGCUGUCUAUACUCAGUGAGACGGACAGCGGCGUGGUGUGCAACAGCCGGCCAAACAGCUACCUUGGCACGUCCAAUCACAUCGGUGUAGGUAUAAUCGCGUUUCCGCCGGUAACUGCCGGUUCGUAUUCGCUGUCAUGUCCAGCCUGCAGGAAGACCGUGUACUUUGACGAAAACGGAGCCCAUAACUUGCCAAAGUACAGGACAAUGAGGAACAUUGUUGACCGUUAUGGUGAGCUCAGACACAUUGUCCCCAAGUGCCAGCUAUGCGAAAGUGAACCUGCAGCUGACGCCACCGUGCUGUGCGAGCAGUGCGAGGUGCUAUACUGUGACUCGUGCCGAGACAACUGCCAUCCAUCUAGAGGCCCAUUGGCCAAGCACAACCUGCUAGAGCCAACAGUUGGCAAGGUGGCCCUCAGGAACAAGAUCAGAAAUAGGGAUAUCAUCUGCCAAGAACAUGAAGAAGAAUGCCUGUCCAUGUACUGUAUGGUCUGCAAAACACCAGUAUGUGCCGUGUGUAUGCACGAAUCAAGACAUUCGAGUCACGACGUCCAAGCCAUCAACACCAUGUGCAAAGCUCAAAAGACGGAACUAUCCCAGAACCUUCAACAAUUGUCUGAAAAAGCUCGAACCACUACAGAGUUCAUUCAGAGGUUAAAGCAAAUGUCUGAAAAACUUAAUGGCGAGUGUGAAGAACUGGAGCGACAAGUAGACGCCAGGUGUGACGCGUUGAUCCGGUCCAUCGAGAGGCGUAGACAGUGGCUGAUCGACGCCGUACGACAGGACAAGGAAAUCAAACAGCGGUCGCUAAAGGAUCACGUGACCAGCUGCACGUGCAAGCUGCAAAAAACCACGUCCUUAUUGCAGUUCUGCAUAGAAGCCCUGAAAGAAAACGAUCCCGUUUCGUUUUUACAAGUUGGAUCAAUGUUGAUAGCUAGAGUUUCGAACACGGACAUGACCUGGCACAAGGACGUGUUGCCGUCUCCUCGUUCGUAUCACCAGCUGGAUUUGACCCUGGACGAUAACACCGUGUUGAAGGCUAUCGAACACAUGAACUUUAUACAGAUGAAAACUAUCGGGGAUGGAGAAGACAUGAAGGCAACAGCUCCGAGUGCAGCGCUGAUCAUCGCCGAAGAGUGCAGUGCCGAAAAUAAUAGUGUAACCAUCGCAUGGCAACCUCCGGCUUCUUCGUACGUCGAAGGUUACGUGUUGGAACUGGACGACGGCAACGGCGGAGACUUCAGGGAGGUGUAUUGCGGCACGGAAACCAUCUGCACCGUUGACGGGUUACACUUCAAUUGCACGUACAACGCUCGAGUAAAGGCAUUCAACAGCGCAGGCGAAGGCGAAUACAGCGAGGUAAUCGGAUUGCAAACUUCUGAAGUGGCUUGGUUUACGUUCGACCCGUGCCUGAGUUCGCCCGAGCUGUGCUUCACGCCCGACAACAUGACGGUGACUUGCGAAGGAUUCGAGCACCGUGUGGCCCUUGGAAGCGUCGGGUUUUCUAGAGGCGUCCAUUACUGGGAGUUUACGAUCGACCGGUUUGAUGCCGAUACCGAUCCUAGUUUCGGCGUGGCCAGACUUGAUGUGUCCAAGGAGGAAAUGCUAGGUAUACUUUAUUUGCCGAUUAUAAAUCUAAUGCAGUUUUUGACAAAUUAUUUGUUCCAAAAAUCCUGA